UUCGAUGUUCGUCGUCGUCCCAUCAUUCAUUCGAUGGCAGUCGGUCGGUUCGGUUCGGUGCGUACUCGCGAAUGUUUUCUUCGCGUUUUGUGUUUUAAAAUUCUGAUUCUGCUCCUCGAUUCCGCAUCCGCCGCAGUCAAAAGUGAAGAAAGAAUAAAAAGUUCAAUCAAUCGGUCGUCGAUUCGAGCGUGACGGCGGUGAAAAGGAGAAAAAAAGGUUGCCUGUGAAUCAUUGUCAGUGGCAGAGGCUCUUUUCGGGAAGAAUUGGGAUUGUGAAAAUAUGUGCGGCCGCGAAUGGCUGGUAUGAAAAUGUAGCGGAUCUUGGCUUUGGUUCAGUGUUUUGGCCAAGGUUUUGUGGAAGGAAAGCAAACAACGCACAGAGGAAAAAAGGGAGAAGAAAAAUUUGCAUACAGUGUGAAGAUUUUCUGUGCGGCACGGCAGCCAGCAGCACCAAAUGCGUGUGUUUCUUCGAUAUUGCUGGAUGUGAUUGUGCUUUGCGGUUGUGUGUGUGUUUGUGUCUGUUCUGCCAUUAAAGAUUUUGUGAAGUGAAAAUAAAGUUUUAUUUUUCUUCGGUCAUUUGUGAAGAAAAGGAAUAAGGGGCUUUCCACCCCAAUAACAGCAAGCCGCAGCCUUUUGGGAAGUUUUAUAGCCGCGGUAGGCUGUCUCUGGUGUUAAGAACGCACAUAACACAGCAGAUCCAGGAAAAUGUCAACAUCAGAAAGAGUGGAAUGGGUGGAAAUCAUCGAACCCCGCACCAAGGAGCACAUGUACGCGAACUUGACGACGGGCGAGUGCGUCUGGGAUCCUCCGGAGGGCGUCAACAUCAAGCGCACCGAUGCAUCCCAGUGGUGGGAGCUGUUCGACACAAACACCUGCCGUUUCUACUACUACAACGUGGCUUCGCAGAAAACCGUCUGGCACCGGCCGCAGAACUGUGAUAUCAUUCCCCUAGCGAAGCUGCAAACCCUGAAACAGAACACCGAUCCGGGCGAUCGGAAAGAUGGCGGAGGAGGCGGCACCCUACAGCACCAUCACAGCUCUUCCAAGCAUGGGGGCGGUGGCGGGGGUUCGGGGACAGUGGGGAAAUCAUGCGGCCAUCGGACGGGAACCGGAGUGAUGGACUACAGGGAUCGGGAUCACCAUCGGAGUUCCAGUUCCGGACAUCGAGGAGCAGGAGGAGGAGGCCAUCACGAUAAGCGAAGCAAUAGCGACCUGCUGGCGAGUCCGCAGGGGAGGCACAGUUUGCAACACAGACUACCACCCAAAACCACCGUCACUGACGCUGGGUUCUCGAUUGGCCGCACCGGCAUGGACGAAUCUCAUAAAUUUUGCAGGCACGGCCAUCCCAACUCCGCCGGGGGCACCGGUUCCCGCAGCAGUCAGAAAUAUCUGGACUCCGGUAAGUCCAGCGACAGCAGCCUUUCGAGUGCUCAUGGCUACCACCACCGACGCAUGCCGGACGGUGGCAGCCUGCGGAUAGCUUCCGGAACCCACGGGAAAAAGCACCCCGGUAACUCCGCCGGGGAGAACUGCUAUCGAAUGCUCCAGGAGAGUUCCAGUUCGCACAACAUUCCACACUCGAUACCGUCGUCAUCUACGGAGAAGCUCGGAAUCUCGUCGUUGCACCACUCGCCACUGCCGCCUCCGCACCAGAUGCUGUCGUACUCGAUGUCCAACUCGUCGGACCUGGCCGGUGGCGGUGGCGGUAACCUAUCUUCUCCAUCGCACUCGAUGAGCACUCCGCAGUUCAAGAAGAAGUUCAUGCAUGAUGGCAUGGGUACCAAAUCGGGCAGCACUGGCCUUAAGGACGGCAGCAGUGGACUGGUGUCCAAACACGAGAGUUUCGAUUACCCCGGAAACGCUUCAUCAUCGAUCUCACUGACCCGCUCGGGUAGCUUCCUGUCAUCAGCUGGCAUCACCUCGGCAGGUCCCAUGGUAGGAACUCCGGUAUCCGGGCGACCCUACCAUCACCACUCUUCGCCACAAGCCGCUCAACCGCAGCAUGGCGGUUCCUCGCACCGGAAGGGUAGCUUCGACGGUAACAACGGAGGUGCCAGCGACGACUCAAUGCACGAAAAGUACUUCAAAUCUGUCGAGAACACUCCGGUUACCCGACGGCGCCAUACGACCACAUCCUCCUCGGCGAAGUCUUCAUCUGUGCAGCAGAAGCACUCGAGCGAUUCCAGUCCUCAGAGCCCCAUCAGCCCCCAGCAAGCGCAACAACAACAUCAGCAGCGGAUCGCGCGGCCGUCGGCUCUGGCCGUGGAGCUUUCCCCAAGUUCCGGAUCCGCUGUCACCAACAACUACAACAAAUCUAGUCAGAAAAGUAACGACCCCGAGUUGUUCAACCUGGACCUCACCAGCAAGCCGGAGAAGUACCUGGAUAAGAUGAAGAUCGACAAGGGUAAGGUGUCGCCCAGCUCGAUCUCGAUGGGAGGUGGACCGCCGCAGACGGCCAGUCUGCAAAAAACGUCCUCCUCCAGCGGUGGAAAACUAUCGUCUAGUCAAAGCGAAAUGGCUGCGGCAGCAGCAGCUGCUGCUGCUGUCCACAACAACAAGGUGCUCAGCAAGGAGCAGUUUUCGCUGAAUUUGAACAAGCCAAACCUGGAACGGCACAACAAGGAAAUGCAACAGCAGAAGCAGCUAACGUUGGAGAAGAAAUCCGGCUCCGGUUCGACGCAAACCGUGGCGUCCAACAACUCGUCGUCGCACAACAAAGGUUCACAGCAGCAGCAACAACAACAACAGCCAUUACUGCAGCAGCAACAGCAGGAACGGAAAAAGAGCAAGAACCAUAACAACCAAGGAACAGGGUUCGACUUCGAUUACGACAACGGGAAUACGUCGCCACUGUACUGCAACUGGGAUAAGGAAAAGCUGGAACACCUGCUUCCGCUACAGCACUACAUCCUAGAGCAGGCGAAGCUGUCCGGGUGCUACGGGUUCGGUGAAUUUCUCGACUCGGACUCGUUCCACUCGGACAGCCAGUCGGAGCAUUCCUUCUCCGGGCACGAGCCGGACAACGAAGACUCGGACCACUCCGACGGCCAUGGGGACUACCUGUCGCACUAUCCGUACGAGGAGUACGGCGCCUAUCGGAAGGAUGACGGCGGCGGCGGUGGCGUUUCGUACUACAACUUCGAAUUCAACUUUGGCGACCGGGAUGAGAAGGAGGAUAUAUCGGAGGAGGUUACGGCAAAGCUGGAGAGUAUCCAGGAUCAGAUCUACAGUCCGGUGAAGAAUCAUCCGCCGCUGCACAAGUAUUCGCCGUUCCAUAUGGCGAAGCAGAGUUUCGAAAGUUCCGGCUUUGGGACGGAUUCUACGCCGGAUCGGGGUGCCUCGGCGGACAGCAGUCAGACGGGUUCGCAACAAAGUCAACAGAAGCUGAACAAGGCUACGCUGCUACAGAGGUUCCAGGAGAACUUGUUGUCGCACAGUCCGGGAAGUGUGGGUAACAACGGGAAGAUUGCGGAGAUGGCACUGCUAAAAGAGUGCGACAUCGAGAAGUUCGCUCAGGAUAACCUGAAUCUCCACUCGAAGGGUAUCUUCCGGAAGAAGUCGUCUAUUCAGGACAUGCUGAGCUGGACGCCAAAUGCCAUCAGUAGGCCGAUGCUUUCGCUGGCGAGAGACAAGGCCGGGAAAAAGAUGGCAACGGAGCUGUUCAAGUUGGUGCAGAUCUACAUGGGUGACCGGAAAGCCCGGGUUGGGAUGAGCUUGAACUCGGUGGCCAUCGAUAUCAUUGCAAUGGCGAUGGGUCAGGCACAGCUUCGGGAUGAGCUGUAUAUUCAAAUGUGCCGGCAAACGACGGAGAAUCCAAGUCGGGACUCGUUGAUCCGGGGCUGGGAGUUGAUGGCCAUAUGUUUGUCGUUCGUUCCGCCUUCGCCGACUUUCCAGCCGGCACUGCUAGGGUACAUCAACAGACAUCGGGAUCCGACGUUUGCGACCAGUUUUCCCGAGGUGGGCAAGUGGCCGAUCCACGUGCAGAUUUCGCACUAUGCGACGAUCGCUUGCCGGCGGUUGGACCGGAUCGGAAGCUCCGGGCGGAAACAGGCCAAGAAGCCCACGGAGGAUGAUAUCAAUCAGGCGAGGGAGCAGAUCUUCCGCGAUAGCAUGUUCGGGAAUACGUUGGGCGAGGUGAUGGAGCUGCAGAAGGACAAGUUUCCGGAUCUGCAGUUGCCGUGGAUCCAGACGACGCUGUCCGAACAGGUUCUACUGCUGAACGGAAAGCAAACCGAGGGAAUCUUCCGAGUGCCAGCCGACGUAGACGAGGUUAACAUGUUGAAAAACCGCCUGGACCGAUGGGAGUUUCCCGAAAACAAAGGAACAAUGGAUGCCCAUGCCCCAGCAAGCCUGCUGAAGUUGUGGUACCGCGAGCUGUACGACCCGCUGAUUCCGGACGACCUGUACGACGACUGUGUAGCCACGGAAGACCCGGCGGAGGCGGCGGCCAUCGUGGAAAAGUUACCAAAGAUUAAUCGACUGGUCCUGACCUACCUAGUGCACUUCCUGCAGCAGUUCGCCCUGCCGGAUGUGGUGGCCAGCACAAAAAUGGACUCGUCCAACCUGGCGAUGGUGUUUGCGCCGAACCUGCUCCGGUGUCAAUCGCAGGACCCCAAGGUCAUCCUGGAGAACGCCCGCAAGGAGAUGGCGUUCAUGCGUACGCUUAUCCAACACAUGGACACCUCCAGUGUGGCGUAUCUGGUUUGAUUCGGCGCCCGGAUCAGUGCGAACGAAGCUGACGACUGCGACGACAGACGAGGUUUGUUUGUUAGCUUUCCACACUUCCUGUGCGGUGCCGGGUUUGUUCGGCAUACGGCACGGUGGAAACUCGAAGGCUUCCGUCACAGGGCGGAAAGGCCACCAAAAAGUCAAAUUGUACAGUUUUUGUUUGUUUUUAAGGUUAUAAAAGUAUAGUUUGUUUUAUUUUUGUUUUUACAUGGUCGUUUUUCGCCAGAAUAUUUUUUUUUCCUGAAAUGGGGCACCAAUUCUACACCUAUGCUAAAUCUCUGUUUCCCGAACAAACCGAAUUUACUUGCAGAUCUCAUAACUGAAUACUCGUACUGAUAAAGCACCAAGUAUAGAACUUUCGUCAGAUUUUGUUAAUGAAAAACGUUCAUUUUGCUCUAGAAUACGUGCGCAUGCAAGAUAAUUUCUCCAGAUAUUCCAGUGAUUCACUUGAACCUUUGGGUGGGAUUCUAAUAUGUUAAUGCUUCCAUACUUCCCAGUCCAUGCUGGUACAAAGGGACGACGGGAAUAAUUUUACUACAAAACUCCACCGACUUUUUUUUCAUUUCUGUUGAUUGAUACCUGUGCAGCCGUUACGUGUUCUCCAGUGAUACACACCACGUUUCACUGGCGUACAGCAGCACACAUUAUACGUUUGAGUUGAAUAUUCUGGCACAGAGAAACAGACGUAACACUUAGAACAAAUUUCAUUAAAAAACAUCGUCACGAAAAAGGAAUCACCCAAUGCUUAACGUACUGUGUUUGGCCGGGCCGCCACUAGAUGGCGGUAGUGAGCAAACGUCAAACAAGAGCAAAAACAAUGCCAGCGCCGCGAGUGGUCGAUCGACCUACUAUUGAAUAUUUGAAUCGACCGUUCAAAAGGUAAUCGAUGGGAAGCAAUGAGAGUAUGACGUCUGUUUCUCUGUGAUUCGGGUUUAGGCAUUCAAUACAACCUUGAACUCCCUAAAGAAGCUCGCACCUUCUUGACUCGUUCACCUAUGUUAACCCUCUAAUACCCAACCCCGCCUUUAGACGGGGUAUAGUAUGAGCAUUUUUGUAAUUUUUGUUUUUUGAAAAAUCAAAACUUUUAUAUUUUUGGCUGAUAUUAAGGACUGUUCUGUAUAUCUUAAAAUUGUUUUUGGUGUAUUUUAAAACGUAUUUACAUUUUUAAAAAAUAAUUGAAAAAUAGAUGUUUUAGUCACCUUUCAGAAAUCAUUGUUUAUUCUGUAUUGAUUCGCUACAAUUAACAUAUUUUAAAUUUUUCUCAAAUCAUUCUAUCCUAGUUUAAUAGUUUAAGGGAGUUGAAUACACUCUAAAAUUAUUUUCCUUAAAAUUACACGGAAAACAAAAUUUCCCAUGAAAAAAAUUUAAAAUAAAAAUAUUUCAACAAUAAUCAUCAAAUCUCAAAAUAUUUCCAUCUCAAAAAAUCCGUACCCCAAAUAGGCUUCCAGGAAAAAUAUUAAAGUGUGGGGAUGUUCAAAAAUAAAAAUUAGAAAAAUCAAAAACCGAAAUUCACAAAAUCGAGAAUUAAAAAGAAUCAUCUUCGAAAACAUGUUUAAAUCGUUUUUAGAUGACGAAAAAUGAUAUUUAGAUCAAAAUCAAAAAUUUGGGUAUUAGAGGGUUAAGCUUGAUACCGCUAUUGGCCGCCAUAUGGCUACCAAGAUAUUGGAAGCUUGCAACGUUCUUCACUGUUUGCCCAGCUACUGUAAAACUAGCCUGUUUUCAACCACUUACUCUUGUUGACAUUGAUGGAACGACCUGCCGCCGAAGAGCGAUCGGCAAAAUCUUCGAGCUCACAUAUCAGAGCGUCGUUUAGUUAAAACAGCAGCGUAAUCAGCCAGUUCGAAGUAAUUUAGGUGCUCCAAGGUAGUGGGCUGCCACAGCAACCCACGAUUUGAUGCAUGAUCAACCGCACCUACCAGGAUUUCGUUGAUUACGACGAAGAACAGUAGCGAUGAUAUAUCCUGGCCUCACACAGCGACAAUCCGAAUUCAAAGGAACAUGAUUAGAACAGAAAGGAAUACUUUAGUGAAAUAAUUGAUCAUUUGGAGGAAUUUCUAUUGCAUUCGCUAUAAAUGUAGAAAAAACUUGUAUGUAGUUCUCUUCAAUAUUCUAAUAAGGUGUAGAAUUGUUCACCCAAAACCGCAAUACAGGCAUUUCGUGAUCGAUUUCACUUUUUUUUUUGUACCACAACUUGAGUUACCCACAUCCUGUGAAUCCUUCCGAACCGCUUGUAUACCCAGUCGAUUCUCAACUCAUGAUUUCUUUGAACAAGUUUUACGAAUCUUUACCUAAACGAACACACAAUAAUGAUAGAGACACACACACACACAAAACAUCACUACUUAAUUUAGAACUACUAAUGCAAGUUACGAAACACAAACACAACAAAAAAGCGAAAUCCUUAAAACUACCAAGCCACAAUAAUAGUACUUAUAAAUAUAAACGCUUUGAAUUUAAAUCCUGACGAACAAACCGCAGUUUCUCUAACGAAAAAAAAAACAACAAUUAUACCACACAGUAAAACAUAUAAUCCAAAAGAUGCCGAAUGUCAAAAACGUAAAACUGCUUCGAAUAUCAAAAUUUGAUACCACUAUCGUAAGUAUCAAGCUUCGAGCUAGAGAGGUAACCCAUCUUCGUAGAUUUCAAUAUUGGUUACAAAUCAACCACCUACCAUAGGAUUUUACGUUCAUUCCUUAACAACCCCCACCCCCAGUCGUUAAUCCUAAUUGUCAUAUACAUACGUCUUACUAGUUUAGGUUUUUUUUUGUUUCUAGUGGUCCGAAGGUUACGAAGUUAGGAACAAAUUCUGUUUUUGAAACACAAAACGAACGCGCGAUUUCACACAAAGAAAACGCAUAAACCAAACCAAAUUUUUAAUAUUAGCGUUUAGGCUAUUGUAGGGUAUAGUUUUCAAUUUUCCCCCGUUCUCUUUAGACAUUAGUUGAGAGGACAAUUCCGCACCUAACCGGAUACACGCGUGACAUACGCAACCUCACAGAAAAGGCUUCUAUCCAGCACGCCUCGUUUCGGGCGCAUCCUAUAUACCUUUCAACUGUUUUUGGCUCAAAAGCUCCUAUCUGCCAUCACGGGAAAAUAUUGAUUUUUUGAUAAUAGAUUCCGUUCUAUUUGGUAUACAAUAUUUCCGAAUCGACAAGUUCAAACUACGAAACUCACACAAAUACAAAGUAGUCAGUUUAGUUAGGCCCAUCCGGCUCCACUCGUAGAAUAGGCCUGGAACCAUGAGUAAACUCGAUUCACACUUCUUUCCUGUUUUGUUCCGUUAGUGAAUCGAUAGGUUAGAAAUUAGACGAAAUAAAAAUCAAAUAUUCAAUAAAAACAAUACAACAAUCAACUAUCAACAGCAAGGCAACACAAAAAAGAAUCACAACACCUAUUUACGCUGAGGCAUUUUGGGAGAAACCUAUUCUAUACAUAACAAAAAUACCUAUAAACAGAUCAAAUAAAAAACACUUUUCCGACUACAAAACGAACGGCGACGAACGACAUUGUAGAGAGGGCACGGACACACGACCGUAGAACAGGUGAAGCAAACGCGAGACAAGUGACACAAUUAAGUGAAACAGCAGCAACACAGAAGAGAAACGCGAAAAAAGGAACAAAUUCGUAAAACUAUUAUAAUCUGAGAUAAUAUAUAAUAUAUAUGAAUGAUAUAAAUUAUAUGAGAAAUGCAACAAAGUCAUCAAAUUGAA